UGAUGUCCGGAAAGAUGCUGCUGCUUCGAUACCGUUCAGGUGCCCCAGCAGAGCCCAGUAGUAACAGUCCGUGUCACAACGAGAUCGGUCGCGGGUGGAUCGUGAUACGAAAUAUAGGUCAAUUAUCACGGAGGAUACUAUGGAAAACUGGUGCCGGGUCGCGAUAGUGUUGAGUCUUUUCGGGUUCCUCAAGGACUUCCGGCCGAGUGAUCCUUUUGUGGUGCAAUUUCUGAACGGCCCGUGGCAUAAUAUUUCCGCGGAGCAGAUCAACCAGCAGGUGUUUCCGGUGGGGACAUAUUCGUAUGGGAUCCAGUUGGUGAUUACGUUCUUGAUAACGGACUACUUUCGGUACAAACCGCUGAUUAUCCUGUCUGGUUUGGCCGGGAUCGCUUAUUGGGUGUUGUUCAUCGGAACGAAUGCCUUGCCGUGGCUACAAGUCGCCGAAGUGUUCUAUGGGACUUAUAAGGCAGCGGAUGUGGCGUUUUGGUCGUACAUUUACGCGAGAGUGGAUAAAUGUUACUAUCAGAAGAUUACGUCGUACACGAAGUCUUCGUCACAUUUUGGAAAGUUUAUCGGAGCCGUUGUCGCACAAGCCCUACUGUUCUAUGGAUUGGUGGAUUACCUGGAUUUGAAUUACGUUUCGCUAGCAGUUCAACUAUGCACCACGAUCUUUGCCAUGUGCCUGCCGCCGGCUCCGAAAAGCAUCUACUUUAACCGGUCCGAUGCAUCGCCGGGCGCACCGGAUAAUCGCAUCGCACGAACCGACCCGUGCCCCUCUACCCCUGCACCAGACGAGGCGCUCACGAAACUCUCCGCCCUGGAAUUGCUCUGGUUCCACGUCAAAUCUGCUUACAGUAAUUUCACCGUGCUCCGGUUCAGUAUUUGGUAUGCCCUGGCCAGUUGCAUCUACUACCAGGCGGUUCUGUACGCACAGGUCCUGUGGAGGACCAUUAGCCGCGAUGCACCCAGCUCGGAGGUGGUCCUCUGGAAUGGAGCAGUGGAGGCGGUUCUGACCAUCUGCGGAGCGGGCAUCACAUUCCUGGCGGGAUUCGUCCCGCCGAAAAUGCUGCACGUGCCGAAUUCGUUACUGGGACUCAGCUUCAUUUCGUUCUUACAGGGUGGGAUUCUACUGGGGUCCGGGUUGACCGGUAGUUUGUGGGUGGCUUACGGAACGCACAUAGCGUACAGUAUAUUGCAUGCUUUUACGAUAACGUUGUUGUGUUCGGAGAUUGCGAGCAAUAUUUGUCGGGACAGUUUUGGGUUGGUUUUUGGGAUCAAUGCCAUGGUCGGAUCAGUGCUGCAGUGCCUUCUAACAGUUGUCGUGGUAAAUUGUUCUUCUAUUAAGGGUCAGUUCAUAGUUUAUGCAGGAGUUUGCGCUGCAAUGGGAGUACUGUUUUGUGUAUUCCUGUUGGUAGAGUUGAAGAAGUGGUGGAAGAUCGUGUUCUAUAUGAUCAAGAUAAAGUUGAGUCCACGGAAAAAGAUGGAAUUGGAUAGGAACAGUAAUCUUCAACUAGCUUAGUUAGAAAUGUCACGUCCAUAAACAAAUUGAUCAAUUUUUGUGAUUAAUUUUGGUGUGAUUCAAGCUCUAUAUUAGUUAGAUUAUUGUGUUUUUCCUUAUAAGUAUCAAAAAGAAACAAUUUUAUCACCUGAUUAUAUAAUGCAUACCAAUAAGAUAGAACAAAUAUAUAUACAU